AUGGUCGUAUGUAAGUUCUUUCAACAAGGCUACUGUCGAUAUGGACAAAAUUGCAGAUUUGAACAUAUUUACGGUUCUAAAUACUCAUAUCAUGCAAGCUCGCCAGUCCAAACACAACCAGCGCAGACUGCAAAUAUCUGCACCGAUGACCAGUUAGUCAACCAAGUACAGUCCGAUAUCCUUGCAGCACUCAAAGGUGGUCAGUGGAUACUUUCUAGCUAUGCCCCAUUUAAAGAGAAGCCAGCAUAUCCAGGGCUGUCUGACCUUUCACCUGAAGAAGCCCGCUUGUUUAUAUAUGAAGCUAGGGCUAACAACACUGUUGAUCAAGCUGUAGCUUACAUGGACAAUCUAUUUAAAGAAACCAGGUAUAAAUAUGAACAGUUACUACAGCCAACUGCUAACACAAUUAAAAUCUUGAGGAGUCUGUACAAGGGAGAAGUGGUGUCUCCACAGACAGCAGCUGAAACGUCAGCAUUUGCGACAACAAACGGUUCAGCGUCCUCCAUUUUCAGAAAUGCUUUAAAUAGUGCACCUGUGAUGCAAAAUGCUAACACUUCUAUUUUCAAUCAAAAUGCCAAUCCAAGCAUAUUUGGUGGUCCAGCUCAAGAUGUAGCAGCAGCAAAAUCGAUUUUUGCCCAAGCAAACCAAGCAACAUUUGGACAACAGAUUACAAGCUCCAGUUUCUUCCAAACAAACCCAAAUGAAACCACACCCAAGUCUUUAUUUGCACAAGAGAACCAAAAGCUGUUUGGUACCAAUCAAACAACUUCAAAUAACCCCGCCAGUAUCUUUGCAAGUGCAACACAAAGUAUAUUUGGCAAUCCGAAUGAUACAUUUGGACAGAAUAACACACCAUUUCAAAGUCAACAAGGUAAUAUUUUCCAAAAACCAGAUCAGCCAAAAGCUGACAUUUUCCAAAGGGCAGAGCCACAAAAUAUAUUUGGCAUGGCCAACAAUAUAUUUGAACAAAAGUCUAACACAGUUGAUGAUAAUGUGUACAGCAAACUAGAGGAAUUGUCGCAGGAUGAUUUAGAAGCUUUUAAGAGUAAUGAUUUCAAAUUAGGUUUUGUACCAGAAGUUCCACCACCACAGUCACUAUGUGUUUAA